ACUCUGAGCUGUCAAACAAAUACUUCCUCCAACCUCCCAGCUGCUUUCAUUAAAGAUGGCUCCCUCAUCAGGACUGAGCCUGCAGGUCACAUGACCCUCCACCAUGUGACCAGCUCUGAUGAAGGUCUCUACAAGUGUAACAUCAGUGGUCAUGGAGAGUCUCCAUCCAGCUGGAUCUCUGUCUCAGUGAAACUCACCACCACCACUUGCACCACCUCCAUCCCUCCAACCACUCCUCCUCCUGCCUCCUCAUCAUCUCUUCUUUCCAUCUUGUUGCCUCUUGCAUCUUUAUGUGUUGUGUUUCUACUGGUGUUACUGGUUCUACUGGUGAAGAGACAUCAUCACAAGUCAAAAGCUGGUAAAGGAGACGACAUCACGUACAGCGACGUCCAAAUAACUCAUCUUCAGCAACAGAAAGUCAAACCCAGCAGAGAUGGGCUGGAAACCUUCUCUCAGUUCUUCAGGACAGAGUUCAGAGAGGAAAGCCUCAAGUUCUGGUCGGCCUAUGAAUACAGAACCACUGAUCCAGGAACAAAGCUGCUGUCCAAAGCCAAAUAUAUUUCUACAGUCUUUAUGGAAUCAGAGGCCCCAUAAACAGAUUAAAGAGAAAAGCUGAAGAAAAGUCUGACAUAUUUUUCACCAUGUGAGGUUUUACUUCAUGCAGAGCAGCAAUGCAUCAUCUGGGGUCUGGUUGACAUGAGAUACCAUGAUAUGUGGUGGAGAGGAGGCUGGUAGCUGCUUUUAGAUCCCAGUUUGUCACAUUUACAAAUGAGUCUGUUUUGUUUUCAUUAUAGAAUCUAGCUAAAGUGUUUCAUUCAUUUAGUUUCAGAUUAUUUGUUAUAUGCCAAACCACAACCUCUGAAUGUGUGAUCAUGUGACUUUUUCUGUGGCAUUACUUCUCAGGUUGAAGUGUGCUUCCACCUAGUGGUUAUACUGUGUAUUACAACAGCACAAAGACUAAAAACCCUCAUCUUUUUAAAAAACGAAAUGAAUGAAUCAGUAUUUUAAUGUGGCCGUGUCUGGAUGUGUUGGUUAAAGACGGGCUGCAGCGUUCUGGACCGGCUGAAGGAGAGCAGGGCUUGGCACACACCAACAUGAAGAGCUUCACAACAAUCAAGUCCUGAACUGAUGGAAGCAUGAAAGGCUUUUCCAGGUCGCAGCGACUAAGAAGAGGUUAAACUUUGACCUGGAGAUGAAGCUGGAGCAGCUUCCAAGCAGCCGUCCAAAUGAACUCUCAGACUUUUUACUUUCUGUUAGAAAGAUGAAGAUAAAGAACCAAAACAUCACACUGACCUCUGACUAUCUAGUUGUUAUAUUCUAUAAUAAACCAGAUACUUCUAUUUGUUUUUAUCUUAUUAUAAAUGUAUUGACUCAUAAUUCAGUGAAAUUUCACCAAGUAAAGAACAACACUUUCACUUUC